CAGAGCUAGCUAAAAUUACCGCCGUAGGGUGUCGCGUCGCCGCCCGCGGUAUGUCACUCAUUUAAUUAAUUAAUCACGUCAUAUUUUAGUCAUUCAUUCUAUUUGAAGUUUAGCUCUUUAGUCACUCAUUAUUGUAUUAAUUAUGCACCGAUUUUCCGCGUUCCUCCUCUGGCUGGGAGCGGCAUCGCGCGUCACUGCUGAAAACGGCGACAGUGGCGCCGUCUGGGCAACGCCUCACGACAGUUACUCCUCUUCUAUCGGAGUACUCGGUUGCAAAAUUAACACCAAUCGGGUAGCAUACUGGCCCGGAUCCGUCGACUGCAACAACAUCUGCGUAUCGCUGAGUUAUGAGGAUCGAUCGGUAAAUCUCCUUCGAGUUGAUCAAUCGCAAGGCGCCCACGACGUCAGUUAUGACGCUUGGAAUUAUCUAUACACGGGCUACUCGGCCACCAAAAAGCCCACGGCUGGCGGUGCCGUCGCGAUGAAUUACGCCAACGUGGAUGCCUCGGCUUGCUCCGAUCUAAUCCACACGGAUGGGAAUAAGCUCCCUCUUAGCGCGGCUAAUAGUAUGAAUUUUCUAGCAAGCUGUCUUGCUCAACCGGAUAGCUGGGUCGCUAAGAAUUACGUUCUUUAUAAUAUUCUCGACUCGACUUGCUCUUGGGGUCACGACGAGGUGUGUACGCUUGAUUGGCCGGCUGCUAAUCAGGCGAGCUGUCCGAGCUCACUUGGUGAUCCCACUGCUUUAAUGUCUGCCCCUGUUUACAAUAUCAGAUAUCCUUCUGGUCAAACCGUUGUUGCUUCUUCGGGGCAGGUUGUUGACCCCCAGGACAGCGACUCUGGAUGUGUCGCGGAGUCGCCCGAUUUAUUUGGAAUAGUUUUGGUAGCGGUCGCAUUUCUUACUGCGGUCAUGUGACUAACUUAUCCGGUCUGCCUUGCGUCUGGAUUGAGGUUGGUAGACUUGGCGAGGGAUUGUCAGGAACUUAACUUUGGCGUCUUUAGUCAGCAUGAUUACGAACGGAUACCCCAAUUAAUCUUUGGACGACUAUGUACGAUCUAUUUAUUUUUACAAUAUAACCAAAUUCUGGAUUCAGCCAAGGCAUAUUUAACAACACAGAUUAACAUCUCAAAUUAUUACACGAAGACCUCGGAAGUCCUAGAUUGAUCAUCUUUACUGUCCAUGUUCCGAGAUAUCCUUGCCGACAAACUAUUCUCACAGCCUACCGCUGAGACGCAAGGGUAUGGCUUCUCUGAUUGGAUGGAGGUGCAUGAUGCAUACGCUCGUGAUUAAGUACACGGUACUAGUA